AUGGCCGACAGCAAUACCAGUAAUAGCCCGAGCGACAGCAGCAACAGCAAUGGCAAUGCUAACGGAGGGAGCGACACAGUCGUUGCGAUUGUCGCCCUCGUCGUCUCCGUAGUCGCACUCUUUGCAGCGACUUUACAAAUCAUGCAAGCGAUCUUCGCGUCGGCUAAAGGACUUCCGAAUUGCACCGACGACGUGAUGGGAGGAUGGGCGAAAGGCACGACGAAACGGGCAAAGUUUAAGGAGCUGCGUCUCGAGGUCAGGUUCGAGGCGCCAAUCAUUUUUCUAUCCCCUCCAAAGAACAUGAACAAGCCUGAAAAGGGGGACAUAUGGGCUGUAGAAGGUACCGAGGAAAGUUGUACCAAGAACCGACUCGACUAUAAGAAAAUAUUUCCAGACCCUGGAUUGGCUAAUGGAUCCAACAACGAAAAACCGUCUAAGCCUACCGAAAAGGUCCAUACUGUCAAUAAUGAGCUGGCAACAUGGGUCUAUCUUUUGAUCGCUGUGGAAAGAAUGGAGAAAGAUUCCAAGGAAUGGGAGUUCAAAAAGCUCCAGGGAGAAUGGUUGCCAAGUUCCAUCAUCCCGGACCUGCCUGAGCCGACUUUGGCCGUGAAAGUACAGGCAAAGAAAAGAAGUUUCGAUGCCAACCCCUCCAUAAAGAAGCCAUACGCUACCUCUACGAUCUCCCACCUGGUCGAGCUUGCAGCGAUACUUGGGCUCUACUGGAGAGUCUUUGACCGAGACAAUAAUCAGUACCGCGCAGAAGGAAACGGCUAUAGUCUGACCGGCUCACGUGUGUCUGACUCGGGUGUCGUCUUUGUCUUUGAGAAAACCGGCCCAACUGUGUUUGAGGAGCGACGGGUGAUUCCGACAUCUGAAGUGAAGGAGCUCUGUUUUGGGCGAGUGCCAACUUUUUAUCGAGAUAAGAAUGACCCGGACGAAGACUUGGAGUGGCAGAGGGAGUUCAAGACGUCCUCAGAAACUGGCACCAAGGUCGAAAUUCUUCAACUGAGCAGCCGCGAUGCCAUUGCGGAGACUUUGACCCAGAUAGGGUGUAACGGCAAAACCACGCUCUUCUAUAAGGAAGGGAAGAAAGACAGACAUCUUUUCUCUGUAACGUUCGAAGUGAUUGGCAUGCUCGCACGAGUUUUGCACAUUGAAGGGAGAUGUUUUCGUUUCCUGCCCAAUCCCACCAUCUUCCCGUGGGACAGAGAAUCGUUAUCCCUGCAGCGCCUGCUUAUCGCCUUUAGCGGACUGUUAAUGAAUCAUCUUACGGUUGUCGAGGAAGAGGCCGAGACUGUUGUCGACGAGAGGGUCGAAGCCGCCGUUGAUGAUAUCAGAGCGCUUUCUGAGUCGGCGGAGGAGAUGAGCAAUGACUUUGACGAGAAUCCGCCUUUAACGAGCAAAAGAAUGAGUCUUUUACACAAGGCUAUCGAGUUGGCAGACAACAGUUUGAAGAAACGAGACCAGGGGAUCGUGCUCGACGUGUUACGUCGCCACCUUCAGGAAGUGCUAGCAGCUAUCAACAGCCCAGAGAAGAAGGGAAAAGAAAACAUUUCGUUUCGGGACCUGCUUGGUAUUCCUCUGGAGAUGAGGGAGCAAAGAUUCAUGGAGACAUACUUUGAGUGCAUACUAUGGCGUGUAGUGCCUACCAACUCUGCCAAGAGGGGCAAACGAGACGACGAGGUCGUCUCGAGGGCCAUACACGACGACACCGAGAAACGGAGAUCGCGCUUGGGCAACGGCUCACCCCAAGCUGGCAGCGCAGUUCCCCCAUCGCCGUUUGGACUCAAUCCUGGAGAGUCUCUUACCAAGGCUCUCGACGACUCGACGCCGACACCGGGCAUCAGCAGGGUCAAGACGUGGCCUCAUCGGAUCGAGACUGAGCAGCUGAACGAUCUACCGGAACCCCCGCAGCCCAGCAGGUUGGCAGAUUUACCGCAGUGGGAAACGAUAGUGCCCAAGCAUGUUGAGAUGCAACGUUUGGCAAUUUGGUAUACGCUCGUUUUCAGGAUGAUUUGCUGGUUGAUGUUGCAUGAUUUCGACAAGAAGGAUGUGCAGAUGCCCAAAAGUGAGUUGAUUGGGAACAGACAGCCCGUGUUCAUCCUUUGA